AUGAGCAUGUCUAUGAACAGACCCUCGAAUAACUGCAGCCUGGAAGUAAUCAAAAGCACAACUGCCGGAGUUGGUAAUUUAAACGAAACGCUCGAUCGCACCGAAAAUGAUGCGACGCACCCAAUAUUGCGCAGUGAUCACCGACAUCAGGGUGAACUGGUCCAAUGCUUGACGUGCCGCAUGCAAUUCAUGAUUCUCUUUAGCGACAUUUGCGCACACUACAUUUUUACGCACAAUCGCAAGAAUUUCAGUUGCUACGCCGCCAAUUCGUACAAGUGUUUGUACUGUACGCGCGACGUUCAUUAUUUCCAGCGAGCCGAGAAGUCGAAUCCAGAAAUCUAUCACUUUUGUUCGCCGCGGAAACAAACUUAA